CAACGUUAGAUAACAAAUUUACUGUUGUUGCGUCAGUUAAAGAAGAACUAUGUCUACUUCAAUUUUGUUAUUUUUAUUUUUUACUUUUGGGUUCGCCUUUGUUGAAGAUGCAUUCUGCCAGAAUGUGUAUUUCCCUAAAAAUGAAGAUUCUCCGCCCCGAUACAGAUAUCCUACGUGCGAGGGCGGCAUACCUUGCGUGCGACGAGGAAGAUGUUCAGAAGUUCAAUUGCAGAAUGGAGAUGAAGUUAGGUGUGGAAGAGGACAAAGAAUGUUUUGCUGCUCAUCUCUGAGAAGACCCUGGAAUGGAACGACCACUGCACGUCCUCUGCUUCCCCCAAAUCCGGCUCCACCGGCUCCAGCUCUUCCCGUGGAGCCAGCUCCUGUUAACCAAGGUCCUGAAGCUCCAGGUCUUGUUGAACCAGCUCCUGAUGCUCUAGAUCCUGUUGAACCAGCUCCUGAUGCUCCAGGUCCUGUUGAACCAGCUCCUGAUGCUCCGGGUCCUGUUGAACCAGCUCCUGAUGCUCCAGGUCCUGUUGAACCAGCUCCUGAAGCUCCAGGUCCUGUUGAACCAGCUCCUGAAGCUCCAGGUCCUGUUGAACCAGCUGCAGGUGCUGCAGAUUUUAUUAUUUCUGAAGAUGCUGCAAACUUGCUGGAAUAUCCAGAAUAAUAGUAGAAUAAGAUCUGUAUUUGACGAUAACAAGUUUUUAUUCUCUCUAGAAAAAUAAUUGUUUACCGUUGUAGUUUCAAAAUCUGACUUAAAAUAUUUGAAAUUACAUUUAUGUUAUCUCUUAAUGAUAGGCAAAUAAAUUAAAUAA